AUGACCAUGAUUUCGAAGUCGCUGUGCAGUGCUGAAGACAUCAGAGUUCAGGAGAUUGUCUCGGGUAGGGUGCUGCAUACGCGCAUCCCGGGAUAUGGAGGACACAAUCACAUUGACUUGCUUAAUGUCUAUCAGCAUGCGUGGGACCAGCGCGCAGAGGCGGGCGAACUGAAGCGCAAACGCGCGUGGAUCCUUGCGAAGAUCGAUGCGUGCAUUCAGCAGAUUCCUUGGCGCAACUUGUGCAUAUGUGCAGGGGACUGGAACGUCCAGUUGGAGCCGAUGUCUGACCUGAUUGGUAAUAGCACUAACAUCCGUGUGGGACAAGCGCAAUCAGCCCCGGAUAUGGCGUCCCUUACAGAUGUCAUGAUUGCACGCCAAUUGGUGGGUUUGAACACUUGGACGGGGCCCAAACGCAAGGCUUACACCUUUACACACAAUGGGGGACGCACCCAGAUUGACUUUGUUUUUGCUCGCAAGCACCAGGUUACACGCCAGAUGCGCAGUUGUCAUGCUCUUGAGGGCUUCCCGGUUACUGCCUGGCGUCAAUCAGGACUGCAUCGCCCCCUCCAGGUCAGCUUGGAUUACCGCUGGAUACCGAGCAGCACGCCUCAGCAGUCCCGCCGCAUUGACCAUGAUGCCAUCGCCACGGCGGUCAGGCAGUGCACACCCCAACUUCACGACUACCAACUUGAUGUACAGACUGUCAUGGCCCGGAACCCCCCUAGGGAUACGAGUGCAUUGCAUCAGGUGCUGUAUGACUGCUGCCUUCGCCACUUCCCAGCCUCGACACAGAGGCGAGAAUAUGCCCACAACCACGCUGAAGUCCGUGAUGUGGUGCACAGCCGCUGGUUGCACCUGCAGAGAGGCAAGUACCACAGGAGGUUUGCAGCUGCUUGCAUGUCCAGCGCCUGGCACUGCUGGCAUCAUUUUGCGAGAUUUAGAGCCCUCCGCAGAGAGGCCAACAAAGCAUCCAGAACUGCUCGCAGACAACGGUACGAGAACCUGUUGCAAGAGGCGGAGAAAUUUGCCAGACAGCAAAACACACAUAAGAUGUUUUCCAUCAUUAGGCAAUUGGCGCCGAAACAGCCGCAUCGCAAAGUCAAGAUUUACGGCAAAGAAGGCGAGAUUCUCAGCCGUCAAGAGGAGGUUGCAUGUCUCAAAAAGCACUUCUGUGAUAUCUUUCAGGGUGCAAGUUGCGAUUGGACUCACCCCAUGGAGUCCCCUGCUUCUCCGCCAGCUCCUGAGACUAUUUGCGCGGCGCUGGAGCGCAUCCCGUUACGCAAAGCGGUCCCUGCACAUAUGGCUCCGGGCGCAGCUUGGAGAGCAGCUGCACGUCAGGUCACGGACUUGGUUCAUCAGGAAGCCUGCAAAGUCUGGGUCGUGGCCCGGCCGAUUACCGGCCAUUAUGCCUACAGGGAAAUCCGUGGCCUCACGCAAGCAGCAGGGAACAGCGUCUUUGCCAGGCGCAGUGGCCAUACUGCGGAGCCGUACACAGGUGGGCUGAUUUUGUCAUUGGACAUGACGACUGCAUUUGACACAGUUCCGAGAGCGCAUGUUCGCGAUUCCCUGAUUGAAGCUGGCGUUGCACAAAGUGACGUGUCCAUCAUCAUGUCAUGGCUCACAGGUGCGACGUACCAUCUCAAACAUGCUCACAUUAACCUGCGUAUCAUCACGGAAAGAGGCGUGCGCCAGGGCUGCCCACUUUCGCCACUGGUUUGGGCCUGCUUUACAUGCUACAUUGCUAAACGGCUGACUGAUGUGAUCUGUCUUGAUGACUUGCAGAUUUACGCCGACGACUUCAUUUGGAGCUGCAUUUUCCACACUAAACAGCAAUUUCUGCACACACUCAGGACGGUGCCACUCUUCAUACAGAAGCUUCGGCAGUAUGGACUCAGGGUAAAUCUCAACAAAACGGCUGUUUUAAUUCGCAUGGCCAGGCAAGAGGGCAAAGCUUUACUUAAGCUACACCUGUACCAGAUCGUCUCACUCUUCGGGGGAGUGCUGCCAGCAGUGAGCUUAGCCGCGGGCUCGCAGAGGCCGCCAGCCACCCCGCAACAGGCGGGGAGAGGGUUGCAGAAGUCGGGGUUGACGGAGCGACCACCGAAGUACCACAAGCACCAGACCAAUGGCAAAGGCAAAGGCAACGGCAAGGGUCGCUACAAGGACAAGCGGCCCAGAGAGGACUCGGAGCAUACUUCGGCUCAGGAGGGAGACAAUCUGGAUCCUCAGUUGAUACCCCUCAUUGCUCAGCUUUGCCUUCGGUUCGAAGACGCAAUAAACAUAUUACGGUUGGACCGAGCGUAUGUGAUGCUGUUCAAAACAAAGUCGGAAGAGUCGAUUGUGAAGCCCCUUGACGAUCUCUCCCAGAGAUGGGAGGAACUCAAAGAGGCCAAACAAACGGACUCAGCCAAGAGGAUCGCGCUCUUCAAGGGCAUGCUGCUGGAGCUCCAGACGAGGAUCAAAGGCAUGAUCGAGAAGGAAGACAAGGUCAAGCAACUGAUUCAGAUGGGGUGGAUGUCCAAGCAAGAGGGUCGGGAGCCGAUGUGGCUCCCACUCGUAUGGAAUGUGGAACAGCAGAAAGACGUGCCGUGCCCCGACAUGGGACCCCUCCCCCACACAAAGGCCAUGCAAGCUCUGGACACAUUGCUGGAAUACGCAUGCGGCCAGGUGAUACACAGAUUUCAUCCCACGAGGCCACUGGUUCCGGAGCACGCCGGCGAGAUCCUGGAGUUCAAGAUGGAGGUGAGCCUGAAGGGCGUUGCGCCGACUCAGGUCCACGAUGCAUUGACGCAACUCAGCAACUCAGCGCUCUGGUUGUUGAUCGGCGCCCGGAUGCGCCCGGACGGCCUCCGGAGAUCAGCAACGGCACAGCAGUUGCAGAAGCUGCUCGCAGGAAGGUGCUGCGCCUAG